GACUCAGUACGCGUGAUGAGUUCGCAGGUCUGUAGCAGGUGCCGCAAGAGAAAGAUAAGAUGUGAUUUACAGUUGCCGGCCUGCAGGAAUUGUCGACUCGCGGACGCAGAGUGUCUCUUUUGGGAAGAAGCUCUUGGUAAGGAAAUACCGUGCAGUUAUGUUCACUCUCUUCAGCAGAGGGUCGCAAGUCUCCAGCUUGAAAUCAAGAAUGCUACGGAUAAAGCGCCAGCCACAUCAACGAGUUUAAGGGGGAGAGACAACCUUAUCUCGGCACACGCCCCUGAGCAAGGGUAUCAUUCAAAUGUUGUUGGUUAUAACGAUGUUCCAUCUCCCUCUCGGACAAGCUAUCUCGGCCCAGGAAGCUCGGCUCGGCUGUUAGAGCGCCUUACAAAGAGCGCUGUUCAAUGGCAUUCCGUGAACAAUAUACAGCUUCCAAAAAAUCUUCUGCCAGACGAGGCAUCUGUGAUGAUAAGAUCUCAGCAAUUACAAGGAUUGUGGCCCGUUGACAUGACUCAUGAUCAAAGAGCAGAGCUUCAUUCUCUGGUACCUCCUUCUACCCAACGAGCGAUAAUUGAAAACUACUUGGAUAAAGUAUCACCAGAAUACUCCCUGUUCUCGGAUGAAGCAGAUUCGAAGUUGCUGGCGUACGAGAACCCUCUGAGAUGGAGUAGCUCAAAUCCAACUUCUCCAAGCGCAUUCGCGAUAGCCAUUGUCUUUGCUAUCUCGACAGCACUCAUCAGCCGAGACUUAGAUUCCAAUCUUGCAGCGAUCUCAAAGCGUUUUAGAGAAAAAGUGCAGAUAAUCUCUCAAAGGACUGCCUCUAGUGGAGACCGGAUAGAAACGGCAAAAGAGACUUGCGCCGCAUUGUGCGCCUUGGCUAUUUGCGAGUUAAUCAAUCCAGUUUCCAAUCAGCUUUGGGACUUGCUUGGGAGAGCUGUCUCAACUAUGGAACACCUACGUGAAGGUUAUCGAUUAAGAGGCUUGAGUUUGGAUCGCGAGUUCCUAGAACUAGAGCUCUCGUUGCUCAAAUUGGAAAGCUUUGCAACACUACAUUUCCGACGUCCUUCUCAAUUUUGCGAGAUGCGUCUAAAGACCAUAAUUGGAAACCUUGAUGGGCACAAACAACUUCUCGAGGAACUAAAUAUUCUACCCUACCUACAUGCUAUAGCCCAGAAGCUCAGGGAUGUACCUGACCCAUCGGAGCGACUUCUGGAAGAGCUUGUUCCUCUCCCUUUGAGAAUUUACUCAACAACAUCCGAUAUUAGUAUAGCUUUAGCAACAGUAUACACUGCUUUGCAUCCACUUUUCACCGCUUCGGAGACCUUCUGGAACAGGAUAUUUGAUGAUGCUCUACCGGGGCUGUUACAAUUAAUAGCGUACUCUUCACUUACCAUCAUUGAUCAUGUUGGUCGGCUCAAUGCAAACAAUAAGGUUCUAAGUGUUUGGAUGACAGCUGAGCGAGUUCUUGAAUUUGGCGCAAUCUGAGCAGCUUUCCUCAUAAGCCGACACUGCGCGACUUCAAAUAGAGGAAAUUCCUUUUCGGGCAUGUCACCACGGGUAGCAAUGGGUCCUAUAAUCAAGGUCUCCACCCUACUAGUAUCUUUCUCAGCUCGGUGGAAGGGAGGCUCUGCAUAUGUGGAUGCAUGGAACUCUGUUGUAGAUUUGCUUUGGAAUAUGCUGUAAAAUCAAGUACGGC